AUGGCACAGUGUUUAUACUUUGAUGCAGCAUUAGUCGACUUAACAGUAAUUGGAUUGGAUGAUGAGAAUGAGGAUAUAGAUGAUCGAUUUACAGAAGAUAUUUAUGAUGCGAAGCAGAUUUUACUUAACAACCAAAGUACAGCAGCCAGAUGUUCUAAAUUUGGUGAAAUUUGGGGUCUUGCACGGCAAGCUAUGCAAUUGGCUGUAGAAUGUGAUGAUAAUGAUAUAGAACUAUGGUUGAAACGCUUUAUUAAUCAAAAGAAGCGUCUUUUAAUACAAAAUGAAGAGUCUAAAAACAGUGAUGACAGCGAAAAAAGUGAAAAGGAAAAUAAUUCCACAAUUGAAAAUCCAGCGAUUACCAAGCAUAGGGGCAGGCCUGCGACUAAAAGAUUCAAGGCUGCCACAGAAAAGCCUUGUCGUCAGCCAUAUACAUGUCGAAGCUGUGGUAAGACUGGGCACAAUAGUGCAAGAUGUCAAAAGAAAGGUG